AUGAUAUCCCUUCCGGAUGAAUCGAGCCGUGAAGUAUACCCAGGGGAGGGAGGACGUCUAGGUAUGCCUGGCCCAGACGUUGUGCUUCCUGACCGAACUUCAAGGUUUGAUUCGUCCUGGUCGUCUCCCCGCACCGACAUUUCUCGCUUUUCGAGCAACGGAAGCGUGGACAACAGCAUCGGAGCGAGCGGCCACUUCGGCGGCCAUCCGGCGGCCAGCAUCUAUAUCAAUGGAAUGGGACAUCAGUUUGGACCUUCGGAGGAGGAAGAUGACGACAAUCCCCGGUGGGCUGAUUUCAUCAGCUCCGGAAACAGCCUCGACCAUAUGUCUUUCGACCAGGACUCCUCGGGCAUGGUCAUUCCCGGGCUGCUUGACGACUCCACGCUUGCGGCUCGUGGCUCGGGCAUCGGCAUUGGAAUCGACGAACGAUCUAUCUUGAGCAGCGAGUACGAGAGCUCAUUCCCCCAACCGAGCGCCAAUUCGAGUCAAGUCCUCACCGGCGUUGGUACCGUGUUUGCGAAUCACUUCCUUGUCCGACCACUUCGGCUCACACCAGAGUGUCGACACAGUGUCGACCGUCCAAUCUGCGCACGAUACAUGCACUAG